AUGAUCCGAUUGACCAUCCGAAACUCACCCGAGGCCCCCGAGCUUGAUGAGAGUGAAGAUGAGAAGAAAAAGCAGGAAGAAUUGAAGGAGAAGUUCGAGGGACUGUGCAAGGUCAUCACGGAUGUACUAGGAGACAAGGUAGAGAAGGUUGUUGUCUCUGACCAUGUUGUGGGCUCUCCCUGCUGCUUAGUCACUAGGGAGUAUGGCUGGACUGCUAAUAUGGAGAGAAUCAUGAAGGCACAAGCACUCAAGGACUCUUGCAUGGCUGGAUACAUGUCUAGCAAGAAGACCAUGGAGAUCAACCCAGAGAAUGCUAUUAUAGAAGAGCUGAGGAAGAGGACUGAUGCAGACAAGAAUGACAAGUCUGUGAAGGAGUUGGUUCUCUUGCUGUUUGAGACUGCCUUUCUCACCUCGGGUUUCAGCCUUGAGGAACCUAACACCUUUGGCAACAGAACCUAA